AUGCGGAAGAGGAGGUCAACCGCUCCGGAAGGAGACGGUGUAGCCAGGAAGAGGAUUCGAGUGGUGCACGAGGCACCGACGUUUGAAGCCAUUCUCUCGGCGAGACAACUGAUGCAGCUCCUGUCCUUUGACCAGGACAUCCAGAAGGCUCGCCAUGGACUGCAAUCGUUCAAAGUGCUUCUAGACCGCAUCAAUGACGCCGAAAAGCGCACGCCAGAAGAUGUCGCCAUUCUGCAUGGCUACCUCCGAUCGACCAGUCCGAGGACGGAGAGCAACGGUGACAACGGCGAUGAUGCAGACAACACCGAACCCGUCUUUCUCGCAGAUAUCAUGGACAGCUGGAGCUUUGCUGCAAAACUGGACAACGACAGCGUCAGGUCGGCCGUGCCCGUGGUGCUGGCUCUGCUGCUCAAGUAUAUAUCACAUGUGCUCGAGCUGGCUCCCAUUGGCCUCGGAAUCUGCCGCACGCUGCUUCUGCCGCAGCAGCUGGACUUGAUCGCCAAGAACCUGUCGGCCGAAAAGAGCAAGGAGUUUAUCAUAUCACCGACUUUGCGCAUGCUGCGCGAGGUCGUCACGUUUGAUGGUGGUGCCGUGGCCAAGGCCCUUUUCCGUGCGCGAAACUUCACAUUCCGCCUGCUGGCCCGGAACAUGGGCAUCAAGUUCCUGGGAGAAGGCAUCGAAGACGCAAAGAGGACAUCGGCGCGGACAAACGCGGUCCGAUUCUUCCUGGCGACUCUCAAGUUCCUCCACCCUGAGGCCAAGGCCGAACUUCUCUCUCAGCGCGAUAUUGUCGGAGCCUUGACGAGGACGAUCAGAGACGACCCACCGUACGUGGUGCAUGAUCUUCUGGAGAGCCUGCAGAGCCAUGUGAUGCGCGACAGGAAGUUGUCGAGAAUGGUAAAGGCAAGGCUGCUCAACUCGGCAACGCUCGUUCAGAUUGCCAGCCUCUACAGUUAUGCACACGACAACAGCGCGGCUGCUGAUGACGAGGAAUCUGGUGGAGCCAACCGGACUUCCGUCUCGGAUGCUGCUCACCAGUUUCUGCUGCACGCAUGCACGUCGCCAACCGCGGGUGUUCUGCGAGACCAGUACGGCUGCUACCCCAAGGGCGCAGAGCCGGACACAGCUCCAUCAACUGUCUCGACAGCCAACACAGAUCCCCUGGGCAGCGGAGGCGGAAGUGGUCUCGACCGAAUCGUGUGGAUGGACAAGUUUAUCAACGAGGUGCCUGUGCACAAUCUGGCUCUGUCCGACCUCAUCGCCACAUUGCGGCCGUGGUACAGCACGCGGCAGAGCGAGCUGCUGAUCGCCGUUUUCAAGGAAGCCCCAGAGCUCAUAGCCUGGUACUUUAUCAACAAGAAGUCGUUCACCUUCGAGCCCAAGAUCUCGGCCACCUGGGUCGGCUUCUCUACGCUCUUGUUCAAUACCAUCCGCGUGGACUUGCCCCCGUACUUUGGCAGCCGGCAGAAGUAUGCACACAUUCCGCCGCCGACUUCGGUCGUCGUGGACAACAUCCUUCCCCUGCCCCUGUCACAGAAGAUUCUUGGGCGUUGCCUGAACCACAAGUCGAAGCUGGCCCCGUUCUUCGCCGUCCGCUUGCUCGCAAUCUCCCUCGAGAAGCUUCGCGCGGCUCUCCAGAUGCACGACGAGGCCGCAAAGAGUUACCCGGCCGAGUCCCUCUGGGCGGAGUCUUCUCGCAGGGUCAUCGACGAGUUCUGCCGUCGGUGUUCGCCCAUGAAAGACAUCAUCAACACCUACCGGGGUAUUGCCGAAGACGAUCUUCUCUACCGCGAGGCGGCCAGCCGCGUGCUGCGUCUCUGCUACGAAGUCACCCCCCAGGUGGCCUUACUGGCCAGGUUUGACGUGUCCUCCUCUCUCUUCACCGUACUUCGCCAGGCGAAUCAGUACGAAGGCUCACCCCAGGACAAGGUGCUCAAGCUGAUGGAGCUCGAAAAUCUCCUGGCCAUUGCCGGAUACUCGCCGGCUAUGCGGUGGUUUUCCAAGGCGGAAGGCCUCACUACGUCGCCGUUUGUGGCGCUCGUCAAGGUCUACACAGAAGCGCCUGCCGACUUGGUUCUGAACAAAGUUCGAGAGAUGCUCGAAUUCGUGGCAAGAGAGCAGGAAAUCGUGCUGUCUGCAGCCGGCUCUUCUGGCCUGUCAGCACUGUUCGGCAGCUUGCAGCAACUACUACAAACAGGUGCAACACCCUCAACCGACUCUGUCUGGACGUUUGUCGACAAUUGUGCCGUCCGCUGUGCCAUGGCUCCGAUCAAGUACAUUGAAAUGCUGCAAGACCUUUCCGGGGAGGGAGCGAAAAGCGGCGAUGCAGUCGAUCCGAUCACGAUGACCAUAGCCGAGCAGCUGUCCUUUGCUACUGCCAACGGUGCAAGCGAAGCCACGCUGAACUCCCUUGCCGACUUUGUUCUGCGGUAUUUUGAGGGUUGCAGCGGCAGCAAAACGUCUCUCAAACCCAUUUUCAAGAAAGCUUCGAGUGCCUUCCCAGAUGGAUCACGUGCUGCGGCUAAGCUGGCUAAAGGCCUGCCAAAACGGUCCUCCAAGGCCAAAGAACGGUCGAGUCCGGCGUCGGGUGAGGAUGCCGCUGCGGACGACAGCAAGACAUCCGAGAAGGCAGGAGGCGCCAAAGAUAACUUGGACGACCAGGAGUCAUUAGAGGAUCUGCUGGAGCUGGCGCCGGUUUCCGAGCUGGACAACGCAGCACUCGCCAAAUGGGCCAAUCGGCCGGCCGACGAGCUGGUCGAAGAAGGCUAUGCGGCAUCGCUGAUCAUGCUGCUGGCAUCCGAGCACACCAGCAUACGGAAAGAGGCGCUUGUGAACCUGGCCAAGAUGGCGGCCAAGAUCCGAGAGUCGACGUAUGCCGAGAAGGACCAGACCUGGCUGCUGCUGUCCGAGCUGGUUGCGUCUGCUCGGGCAUGGACGGCCGACCAGGACACGGCGAACCUGCCUCUGCCCAGCCAUAUCCUGUCGUUUGCAUGCCAUGCCUUGGAUGCGCUGCGCAAUCCGUUGCACCGGCUCUACGGCAAGGUGAACGCAUUCUUGACGGCCGGCCCGAUUUGGCGACUCGGAAACUUCCCACUCGUGCACAACAUUGUGCAUGACGGGCCGACGGAAGACGACUCCUACUACGCCGAGAUUAACUGGCUGCUGGCCUAUCUGCUCGACAGCCUGCGGACGCCGGCAGACGUCGGCCUCUUCCGGACGCGGAGACUCUUUGAGACCAUGCUGUCGGUGGCCUCGAACCCAUACCUGCGCUUCCCACUUCGGCGACAGGUGCUGCGGAUCCUGUGCCGGGCAGCAUCGAUCGAGGGCGGCAGCACCACAUUGAUCACGCGGUCCGGCAUCAUCAGCUGGCUUGCUGCGCGCAAGGCGACAGCGGCCGGCGAGGACGACAAGCCCAUGGCGGCAGAACGUGCCACAGAUGCCAAGGGCGACGGAGAGGAGGCACGCAUUGUUCGGGCACUCCUGCAGAGGCUGUGGGAAACCAGCGACCAGGAGCGCGUGGAAAACUGGAGCAUGCACGGCAUACAGGAAAGCAUCCGUAAUUUACGUACUUCAUAG